UUCCAACCACUCAGCUCUUCAUCGGUGGCCCUCCCUCCUUCUUUCUCUCUUUCUCUCUCUUUCUCUCUCUUUCUCGUCCCUCUCUCUCCCACUUUGUCACUCUAACUCUCUUCCUCUCUCUUUCUCCUUCUCCUUCUCAUUCAACAGCUGCAUCUCCACUCUGCAUUCGACACUCUUCUCAUCAUCUUGAUCCCUCUCCUUUUAAAUCCAUCUUGGACUGAACACUCGCACUUCCUUGUCUCGCUUCUUUUUGUCUGUACCCCAACGAAAAGGCACACCUUUGAUUUUUUUUUGGAACACCUUUACCAACCCCACCUCUUCCCGCCGCCCUUCUCUCUCCCCCUCUGCACCCUCUCUCGGCACUCACAAUGGAGGUUUCUGCACCGUUUUUGCCCCAGUCCAUAGCCACAAUGAUCUCGACUGUGAGCCUGGGCGCAAGAGUCUCCCUCCGGACAGCCGCCAUCAUAGUCGAGGCGCUGUUGGAGACACUGCAGCAUGGUACAAGUGCCACUCUUGGCAUCAGUCGUAGAUCACUGCUCGCUGCAGUAUCGACCGCAAAGAUUCUGAACGUCCUCAAGGGAUCUGCAGGGCCAAACGAUGCGUUUACGAUGCUGUUGGACAAAUACACAUCGUUGGGCGUCUAUGUUAUCCAUCAUUCGUUUACUCUAGCAGAAUUGUUCACCAUCUCCGGUCUUCAGCUCGUCUCCAAUACCUUGACAGCCGGUAUUCGCACUGCAGAGGAAUCGGUACGGGUGGUGGAUGGUCUAUUUGGCUCGACGGAAACAUCAAAAGCCCUUGCUGCAGUCGUAGGUCUCGUCAAGAAGGAAGUCUACGAAGACCAGGAGUUUGCCAUCACCCAAGCAGGGAAGAUGGCCGUCCUGGCCUCCAUCACAAAAGCCAUCACCGUCUUUGCAUGUCUUCAGGCCGCAACCCAUAAACGCACUCAAAAGACCAUCCGGGCCAUGCUUGUCUACGAAGGUGUCGUCCUUGCAAAACCAAAGAAGAUUACGGAUAUUGAACCGACACAACUGGCGACAAUCGGAAGCACACACCAGGGUGAUGGUGAAGACGAGGAUGAUUCUGGAGAGCUUCUGAAGAAUCUCUCGAAUGCGCUUGUUACGGAUCCGGAUGAUGUUACCCAGGAUAUGACGACGACGCAGAUUGAGAAGGUGUUGAGUGCUGAUAUUCUUCAGGUGACGACCACGACUACGUUGACGACUACGACGACACAGACAUUUGUCAGACCAGGCGCGGACUUGUCAAAGCUCGGGAAGCCAUUGCCACCGAUCCAGCAACAUGAUAGAGAUUCGUCUUCUUCGCCACUGCAGAGGCAGCAGCAGCACCAUUACCCAACAUCGAUUGAAACUGCAUCCAGCACAAGGGGAACCAGCUCGUCGAUGGCGAUCACCGCUCGGUCCAGGAGAGGCUCUGUGUCGUCCAUUGCCUCGGUCGCGACCACUCUUACGCAGUAUGCGACCACCUCCAUCGUCGCUAACCCUCACGGCUCAGUCAACGGCUCCUCUACCCGACACGGCUCAUCGACUCCAUCCGACACCACCGGUCCCUCUGAAUCCCUCGCCGUGGAGGGCAGCCGUCAGGCCAACAAUAAUCUCCGGCUCAUGUUUUCGACUGUGACCAAAAAGUUCAAGAAGAACCAGACUGUGCAUGUGGGCGGAGAGACCGAUGGUACGAUUUUGACAAGGUCACAAGAACGCGAGAUCAGGACGAGUGAAGCUAGGAAUUCAAUGGAUUGGUCCGAGGACGACACGGACUGGAUCGAGGUCGAGAAGUCUUCGGAAACGAUGUCGUCCACGGAGAUGAGCGCGAUGCUUUCGUACGACGUGCCCCUGGAGAAAAAGAAUGGCAAUAAGCUUCUUGGACCCUCUGCGUUUGGACUCAAAAACGGAAUCUCGAGCAAGAAGUUUGGGCGGUCCUUCUUCUCAAAGAUGACGAAACAGUCAUCGACUUUUGGAAAGAACAGCACCGAACGCAGGAGCUUGGAUGGUUCCACUGGACCCCGGUUGACGAUCACAGAGAUGGAUGAAUCCCGAAGCGGUUCGGAUAACUCUUUGCCGAGCCAGAACGUGGCCGCGACACCGACGACGAAGGGUGUGAAGAUUAGCGAUGAUGACGACCAUGAGGACUUGCGACCACCACCACCGCCGAAGGAACCAGCGGAACCAAACCCGGCGAAUUUUCCGAGGGAUCAUCUCGUUCGCAACAUCCAGCGGUUCAUGAGAUAUGCAUCAGCGAGUUAUGGACACAACUUUAUGAGGAUCCUCGGCAUUGGAACCAUUGGCGAUGCAGUCUACUCACCCUAUGGAGAUCACCCGAACCAUCAUGCGUUUGCGACCCAUACAUCAACGCCAUUGGACUCCAUCCUGCUCUCGUCUUUCACGGAUCCGGGCACGAAGGGCAGCUUCCAUGCACCGAAGAUGCACUCGCUUGUACAUUACAUUAACCUCGACCACGGCGCCCAGUGUGUGGUGCUGACCUGUCGCGGGACGCUUGGCCUGUCAGAUGUGCUGACGGAUCUCUGUGCACACUAUGAUGACCUGGUCCUGCCAACACUCCAGUCCAACGGCAAGCGUGGGGAGCAUUACGCUCCACCAAAGUAUAAGGUUCACUCGGGGAUGUAUGCUUCCGCAAGACUGCUCUCGCUGGAGACGUCGAAGGUUUUCAGGACGAUCAAGAAGGCGCUGGAGGAUUAUCCGGAUUAUGGUCUGGUGCUGUGUGGACAUUCCCUUGGUGGUGGUGUGGCGGCGAUUCUGUCGUUGCUCUGGUCGAUGAAGAGCGAGGAGUUUGAGGCUUACGUCGAGGAAGAGGAGGGAUCGAGCGAUGAGGACGAGGAUAAGCCAAUUACGGCAAAGGCGCAUGGAGGUCAACGUCCCAGAAAACGUAUUAUUUACCCAGAGAUCACGACUCCGUUUGUCACCUCACCGGGAUCGGCAUUGUCUGCUGGACGACCGAUUCAUUGCUACGCCUAUGGACCGCCUUGUGUGAUGUCGCUCCCCUUGUCAAAGUAUUGUCAGGGACUGAUCACGACCGUCGUCCAUCAAUAUGACCUUGUGCCGACCCUGAGCUUGGGACUUUUGAAGGAUUUCAAGAACGUGGCGACGACGUUGCAUGAGGAAGGACAAGUGGUCGAAGACAUUGUGAAGCGACUGAUCAUCGGUGCGUCGUCAAAUAAGCCAAACGCUGAGCGACAGGAAGCCGCGUCCAAGGUCGAAUCGACUACGUACACAUCCUCCGCAGGGCCGACACCGCCCCCGUCUCCGCCCAAGAAGGAUCAUCUCCCAGAAACCCCGAAGCGGUCGCAGAGCAUGCCUAUGUAUUCGGAGUACGAUCGGUGGCAGCUUCAGGAGGCCGAGGACCAGGACUGGUCGUGGUCGCUGAUCAAGACGAUGCGCGCGGAUAUGGGUUCCGAUAAGUUGUAUCCGCCCUCACCGGUGUAUCUGUUGGAAUCGACCGCGACGACGGUUGUAGGGGAGGUGUCGUCGACGCUGGCGAUGAUGGCUUCGGCUGCGACGUCGGUGGCAUCGCAGUCAUCAGCAGGGACAGGAGGAGGAGCGAGUUCGGUGCCGCUGGGCAAGUCUUUCUCGGCUUCUGCGGCGGUUUCGGCAGCUGGUGCCGCGGCGGUUUCGGCAGCUGGUGCCGCGGCGGCUUCAUUGGCGAACGGGUUCCGACCGAGCUCACCAUUUGGACGCAGUUCGAUCCCUACAACGGAAGCGGGAACAAAGCAGAAACUGGCGCUGGCAGAGGUGCCAAAGACGGCGUACAAGAUUUCGAUGCGGCGAUUUGACCAUGUGGAGGAUCGGUUUGGGGAGCUGCAGUUCGCGAGGUCGAUGUUCACGGAUCAUAAUCCGGCAAAUUAUGAAAUCUGUGUGGAGCGACUCUGCCAUGCGGUUUUCCCGCCCGAGGAGCACCUUUAGAGGAAGCGAAGGCCAGCCCGUACAAGUUUCGCGCCGGCAGUGAAAAAUAAAGAUGCAUCAAUAUCGGAUUAUUCGUAGAGCAUUGAGCUUCUGAAC